CGGUACUGGAAAAACCUUACAAGGCCACUACGUCCUAAGAGGAAGCUCGUUGCGCUGUUCUUGCUUGUGCUUACCGUAUGGUUACUUGGGACGAAAACGCUAUCCACGUCGCUGCCUCACCAACUUCGCUUACAGCAGAUAGAUUGGCAGCCGAUACCUUACACGAGGCUAGGAAAGUGCGAGUCGAAAGCAGAUGGUAGCAUUUACUGCCCUGAUAUUCGCAGCAAAGGGUCGACAUCGCUUCGACGAGCUCAACUAGUACUCACAAGGGUUCUUCGGAUCUUCGAUAUCAUUUCCAAGAAGCACGGCAUUAAAUAUUGGCUCUGUAAAGGCACUCUGCUGGGUGCCGUUCGACAUAGCGGACAUAAUCCUUUUGACGAUGACGUAGACAUUUGUAUCCCCAAAAUAGACUAUCAAACAUUUAUCAAGUCCGGUGUCAGUGAGCUUCCAGAAGAUAUAUUUUUUCAAACAGAGGACACAGAUGUUCAUUACAAAGUUCCGCCGCAGAGCGGGAUGCUAGGGAAAUUACGCGACACCAAAAGCUGUUAUAAAUACUGUUUGCAUAGCAGCUGUAAGCACGCAGAUGGUCUUAUGAUAGAUAUGUUAGUCUUGGAGAAGGACAGCGAUGGAAACUUCAUCGAAUUGUUCAGUCACACCAAUUGGUUUUUACGAAGGUUUAUCUACGGACCUAUAAAAAGAAAAGAAAGCGACGUUUUUCCUUUGAUAGAAGUGAAUUUCGACGGUUUUUUAGUGCCAGCUCCUCGCGAAUGGAGAAAAAUUCUCGAAUCGUAUUACGGCGAUUUUAUGAGCAUACCAUACGGGAAGUCGCCCGCCUUUCUUGAUACAGAUGCAUUGAGGAGCUGCGAGGAAAUAGUAAAAUCUUGA